AUGGAUGGCGAUGUGGAGAACCUGGGGCUCGAACAGCCUCUUCUUACUGAUCGGUGAGCUUUUUCUUUUCUUUGUUCAGAACGAGUUUUUUAUUCAUCCUAAUUUUUAUCUUACUGUGUUUUUAUCUUUUGGACUUGUGAUAAAAUUGCGAGCUUUUUACUGCAGAGAAAAGUUGCAACCAAUACAAUUGAUUUCAAACUGAUAAGUUUUCAACAAAAUUAUUAUAUUUUUUUCGAAUUUCGCUGAAAAAAAUUUUAUCAAGAUUAUAAUUUUUGAAUCACUGGAAUUUUCUCAUAAGAUUUUCGCGUGAAUCACACUCUCAGUUUUUUUGGACCUGAAAAUUUGAAAACUAAAAUUUUUAUUUUGCUUUUACCGAUAUAUUUCAACUUUGUCAAAGUAAAUCUUUUUUUCCCAAGCUCCUACGUUCAAACGAAAAAUCUUAGAAUAUCCGUACCUUACUUUUUUUUUUUCAAAAUUCACUAUUUGUCUUUUUUCACUUCUCCUCUUGUGUUUGUUGUUUGACGAUGAUCCUUCAAAAACACUAAUCUUAUCGAGUAAACUGCAAACAACAUGGCGUCCAACUAUUUCUGUGAAGAAGGCAGGAAUUUUUUGAAAAAAAUUGAUUCUUUGGCCGAUUUUUUCACAUGUUAUUUGAAUUUUCAAAAAAUUGAAUAGUAGCUUUUUCAUUGUGAAGCAAAAAUUCUCGCUAUCUGAGGACAUUAAAGAAAUAUGACUGACAUCAGAAGCGCAUCGUUCUUGAACAAGCUGAACGUACCUCGAAACUCUGUGUGCAAUGCCAACACCGUCCAAAGCGUUUCCUCCUUCCGUUCUGAACACGUGUCACGAAAGUCGACGGCGAAGUUGUUAGAAAAUCCAAACCAAUUCGCCAGAGCCUUGGUUAGUUUUGUUAAACAUUUUUGUUGGACAUGAGCAGAAGAAAAACAGAAAAACAAGAGGUUCAUCAUCUUUUGCAAAAAAAACGAGAAAACUGCCAGACACGAUGCGCAUCACAGAAAGAAUAGUUUAUUACCCAGAAAGCAGAUUUCUAAUGAAAAACGGCAUUAAAAAUGAAGUUGAAUGAAAAGAAAAAAUUUUUUUUAAUGCCGUGUUCAAAGUAAUUUCCGCGAAAUGCAAAAUGAUCUCUGACUCUCCAAAAUUUAGUGAUCUUUUCCUUUCUCUAACGGGUAUUUUGCAUUUCGCGGAAAUUACUUCGAACACGGCAUAAAAGAAAACUCGUCAAAAACUUUUAUUUUUUUUUCUUGCGCGGCGCGAUGCGUCAUGGCUGUGAAUCUCCGUCGUUCUGUGGCAAAAUGUGUUUUUACAACAAAAGCCAAAGAUUUUCCAUCGGAUCCGCAAAGUGUUCAUUAAAAAGUUGUUUUCUUCGAUUACUUUUUUUAAAUGUUUAGAGAUAAUUAAAGUUUAUUUGAGUUGGUCAAAGCAGUGAGUAAGUGAUAACAUUCUUCACGGCUUCGUCGAUUUUUUUUCUUUCUGGCACGUUACUGAAAAUUGGAGAAAGCUCUAUUUUCAAUGAAAAAACGUGUACCGGUGAUUGCUAUAUUAUAAGUUUUCAAACCUAUACGAAAUAACCGGCUGCACUUCAUAUAAUAUGAAAACGCUGAAACGUAACUUGCCCGGUUUCGCGGUCGGUGUGCGUCUUCACACUUGGCUUUUUGAAGUCCGAAAAGCUGAGCGCCCCUUGGAUCGAGAACACCUUCGAGAAGCGCGAGUGCGUCAAGUUCAUCGCCCAGGCAGGCGAUCCGGAGAGGUACAGCUCCAGUUGGGGUCUUUCAAUUGCCGAAGUUCAGAUGUGGAUGUGGAAGAAAGAUGACGACACACUCGACGUUGGCCCAGUCGCGGUUCUACGUCUUCACACGACUGCCCAAGGACGAAACUUGGACCAUCGCUAACAACACAAAGACGUCGCCAACCGACGCAUUCGGCACUAUCGUUUUUCAGGUUCCUCAGGGGUAAGAAAAAUAAUGAAGGUAUAUUAAUACUCAGGGCGGAGCUCAUGCUCACAAGGCUCAAUACGUCAGGUUGGCUUACGAUUCUGAUCCUCUGGAUGUAAUGUACCUGAUGGAAAAGGUGAGAAAGAGAAUAAGACAGUGUUCUGAAGCAAAAAAUUUCAAUCUUCGGAACUUUCUGUUUUUUCAGACUGUUUUUUUUUUCGAACCUGUAGUCUUUUCAUAAAAUCUUCAUCCAGGUUUGGGGCCUCGAAACACCUCGACUGGUCAUCACCGUCCACGGAGGCACGUCCAAUUUCGAGUAAGCGUCUGUCUUGAAUCAGACUUGAGUCUAAACUUCCAAAAGCUUGCAAGAUCGCCUGGGCAAGAUUUUCCGUAGCGGAAUGCUCAAAGCGGCGCAAACCACCGGCGCCUGGAUCAUCACCAGCGGAUUGGACUCUGGAGUGGUCAGACACGUUGCCAAAGCUCUGGAUGAGGCAGGAAUCUCGGCGAGGUUAGUUCUGGAAGUCUCAGCUUUUUGAAGAAAGAAGAUUCAGAAUGAGGUCUCAAAUCGUGACGAUCGGCAUUGCUCCGUGGGGAAUCAUCAAAAGGAAAGAGCGAUUGGUUUGACUUGAGCCCAGUGAUUCUUCUUCCGAUCGUGACGUUUAGAUAGGAAAAAAUGAAGACGUCCCCUACGAUGUUCAUUCUCUGAAAGCGACAGUGAAUAUGGGGAUUCUCAAUGAUCGGCAUUCUUAUUUUCUUCUCGCCGACAAUGGAACCACCGGACGAUUUGGAGCUGACCUGCAUCUGCGGCAAAACUUUGAGAACUACAUCGCGACGUACGGCAGCAACGGAAGGAAGAUUCCGGUGGUUUGCACGGUUCUGGAGGGAGGGAUCAACACCAUCAACGCAGUCCAUAACUACGUCACGAUGUAGGGAAGUUUUCCAAAAGUUAGAUCCUAUCCACAAUGUUUCGGUAUCGUAGAUUUGCGGUACCAAAACGUAUAUUUCUUUCACUCUGAAAUUUUAUUUCGAAGAUCCAGAUUUUUCCAACUUUUCAAGUUUUCAAGCAAUUAUAUAAAAAAGAACAAACGCCGAGCUAUAGUCAAUGUUUCCCGACUUGAAAGGCGAGAGGGGAGGGACGCGUAGCGUGUGCGUUCGCGGUCCUUGCCACGUGUUCAAUUCAACCGCCAUCUACUCUUUGAAAAGCCCGUUUUUCGCUUUUUUCAUUCUUUUUUCAAUUAUUUAUUGAUUAUGUUCAUGUGUGCAUCAAGAAAUAGUAGAAAACAUUGAAAAAGAGCGGUUGCCGAGCUUUUUAAAUAGUCGGCGACAAUUGAAUUGAACUCGUGCCAAGAACCGCGAACGCACACGCUACGCGUCCCGCCUCCUUCGCCUUUCAAGUCGGGAAACAUUGACUAUAUCUUUCCACCAUUUCUGGCACUCAGGAAACCCGACAUUCCCGCCAUUGUCUGUGACGGUAGCGGCAGAGCCGCCGACGUUCUGUCUUUCGCGGCACGGUAUAUUAAUCGCGAUGGGUAUAAGUCGUGGUUAAUAGAACAUAAAUAACCGGAAAAUUAAGGACUUUUGCGGCAGAAGUCGAAGAAAAGCUGACCAAUUUGAUCCGGAUGGUAUUCCCAGGACAGGACGAAGUACGACUGGCCGACCUUAUUGGACAGUGCUCAGCGAGAAGCGAUCUGGUGAGAACGGCUCCAGUAAUUUUGUUCCAAUUCCGAAAUCGAGUCCAAUCGGCUUGAACAGGCUGUGCUGUUUAGGUUUUUUUUUAUUCCUGUAAAGAAAAAAGAAAAAAACGCGAAGGACGGAACAGCAGAAUAUUCAAUUUUUCGAACUUUUGCGGCCUUUUUUUUCUCUAAAACAUGACCUGAGCAACAUAUAUCAGCACUAAUUCCCAACGAAAACGUUCAUUUUUCAACAAGAACAUAGGAAAACUCCACUAUUCUCUAAAUUUUUGGCUCUACCCGUAUUAUUUGCAAUAACAUGACAUCAAUUGUCAGCUGAGAAUCUUCCGAUACGUAGAAGAAGAAGAAGAAGACGUCGACUACGUCAUUCUCUCCACCGUUCUUGAGAAACAGAACCUGCCACCAGACGAACAGGUGAACAUCGAGAUCUUCUCCCCUAUUCAUAGCUGAAAAAUUGGUGAAAAAAGCUAUAAAAGGAGUUGAGUUAUGUUUCUGAAUUAUGCACAUGAAAAACCUCAUAUUGGCUUCACGUUAGCGUAGAACUUUUGCUAAUGCUAUCCAAAGUUUUGAUGUAAUUUAAAUUAUUCCCAGCUCGCGUUGACCUUGUCCUGGAACCGAGUGGACCUGGCCAAAAGCUGCCUUUUCUCUCGAGGCCGGAAGUGGGCGAGCGACAUUUUGAAUCACGCGAUGGCCGAAGCGCUCCAUCUGAAUCGUGUCGACUUUGUCGAAUGUCUUCUGGAAAACGGCGUCAGCAUGAAAUCCUUCCUCACCAUCAACACUUUGGAAAAUCUCUACAAUAGGGUUGAUCAAUGUCCGCAAGAAGUCGUAAAAACAAGAUUAUUGAAGGACGACGGAACGGAGCACAGUGUGAGGUUCCUGAUCGACGAACUUCCGCUGCACACCUACCUGACCCUUCCUUUGAUCGGCACCGUCAUUGAAAAGCUGAUGGGCAACGCUUUCAUGCACUAUUACACGUCCAGAUUGUUCCGCACCAAGUACGAGCAGUUCAAGAAGAAUUCUCAGGUAUGAAUAUCCACAGGGAAACAGUGAGGCUUGAAAUCAAAACGUCCUUUUGUAGAUUUUUCAUUGUACAUCAAAAGUCCGCUUGAAAUCUCACAAACAUCUACAUUUUCGACAUUGAAAUUUUUAUUAGAGACUGUUAUUACUUUUUCAUAACCGCAACACUUUAAGAUUGUACUCUAAUCUGAAACUUUCUUUUUUAAAGUUUUCUUUUUUAGGCUUACUUUCCCCAUCGGAAAAGCAAAUCAAAAGAACAGAUGAAAAAACGGACGGAGAGCAUGCUCGACGACGCGAUGAGCCAGGAAUCAGAAGGUUUGGCUGGUCCCGGGUCGGAAGAAUUGUCGUUGCCUAGAGACUUACGAGUUCGUCCAUCCCUUCAACGAUCUGCUCGUCUGGGCCGUCCUCACGAGAAGAUCUGAGAUGGCCAGAUGCAUGUGGGUUCACGGGGAAGACGCCAUGCCAAAGUGUCUGGUCGCCAUCAGGUUCUUCUUUCUUUCUUCAUUCUCUCAAUUUAUUAAUAUUUUUUUAAAUUUUAACACAUUCCUUCUUCUUAUUUUUCGUUUUGAUGCAAAAUUUGCGCUUAAUCAUUUUUCCUUCUAGACUGUACAAAGCAGCAGCCAAAAUUGCCGAACAAGAAUAUCUCGAGGUGGAAAUCGCCAACCGAUUGCGACAACACGCUGUGUGGGUUAUUAUCUUUUUAUUGAGAAGAAAAAUGAAAAGUUGCAUACAGUUUAUUCGAAAUAUAUGCUUGUUUCGUGUCAUUAGCCUUGCUGAAAUCUCAAACUGAACAGUCGUUUUUCAUUUGAGAGAAACAUUGGAUAAACGGGUAAAGUUAGAAUAACUUUUUCUCUAGAAAGUUCCGCGAAGACGCUAUCGACCUCAUCGACCAAUGCUACCGGAGCGACCACGAGAAGACGUUGCGUCUUCUGAGAACUCAGCUUCCUCAUUGGGGCCAUCACAACUGUCUGUCCCUGGCCGUCCUAGCCAAUACCAAGGCGUUUCUAGCCACCCCAUGGUUUUCGCUGCCUUGUUCCACGAAAAACCUUCGGUUUGAGCUGUCAAAUGCUGCUGGCCGAGCUGUGGCACGGCUCCUUACGGGUUCGAAGCGGUUCCAACCUACGAGUACUCACGGCCAUGAUCUUUCCCCCGGCAAUCAUUAACAUGGCCUUCAAACCAAAACCACAACGAAUGGUCCAAGAGAAUGAGGUAUCACAAAAUGAAAGGAAAUGUUUGAAAUGAAUUUAUAGGACCAACCAGGAAAAAUAGGAGACAAUCUUAGGCAUAGCAGCAUUGCCAGCACCUCAAGGGUUCCUCAAAUUUUGAAUCCCUCAAGAACCUUUCAUUCUAGAUGUUUGACCGACGUACCUCCAAACAACUUUUGACGCAGUGUGAAGAGGGAAACGAAUUUUUGGCUGGCAAUGGAAACGGCGGCAAAAAAGUGACGAUUUUGUCGUCGCGACAAGCGAGUGCCUGUGGAAGUGUCUACGGAAGCGCUUCCAGCAUAGGAUUAAGAGUAAUUUACAACUUUUUUUUCGAACAAGUCUUCCUAGCAAGGUUUUUCUCUGUGUAGUUGAUCUUCCCGAAGGUGAAUUAUCCCUCUUCAACCUGUUCUAUUUUCAGAAAGAAGCGGUCCUGACGAAAGUUGAACGGUUACGAGCCUUCUACUCGGCGCCAAUAACCAAGUUCUGGGCCUGGUGCAUCGCUUUCCACACUUUCCUCAUUCUGAGCACCUACACUCUGUUGAUUGAGUUUCCCCUGAAGCCAACCUACUUGGAAUGGCUGACCCUGGCUUAUUCAGUCACUUUGAUCGUCGAGCACGUUAGAAAGGUGUUUUCCAAGAAAAUAUAUUGUGAACAAAGUUGGUUUCAGUUGUUCUCCCAGGAGACUUCCAAGUUUCGCGAAAAACUGUCCAUAUUCUACUCAAAGUAUUACAAUCUGCUGACAUUGUUCGCUCUGAUUUUUUUCAUCGUCGGAUUCGGAAUGCGCUUGCAUCCUCCUUUCCGUCAUUCGUGGGGAAGGGUUCUGCUCUCCUGCAGCAACGUCCUUUGGUUCAUGAAGGUUCUUUUUUCAAUAAACGAAUAUCGGUUCCCAAAGGUGAUCAUUUGAGUGUGCAACUUGGAAUUUUCUGAAAAAUCAUUAGAGCAAUCUUUAAAGAUCUAGAGGACGAUUUCUCGCUACCCGCGUGAAUUUCUAUUUGUUUUUUGUAAGCCUUACUUUACGCGAACUUAGGAACUUCAGAUUAGUCCAUAAAGGGGCCUUUGAAGUUUCACCUCUAGGGACUACUAAAGCUGGCAAGAGUGGCCCCUUCAGGGAUCAUUUCCUUUAUUAUUGUUACUAAUUCUAUGAGAAGAAGCAUUUCGUUGCGAAAAACAAUAAAUUAGCGUUAUUUGAAUAAGACCAAAAAUCUGAAAUCAGCCAGGAAAGAGAGUAGAUUUUCUUCACACACUGGCAAUAUUCAGAUGUUCGAGUACCUCUCGGUUCACCCGCUGCUCGGCCCAUACAUCCAGAUGGCGGCGAAGAUGGUCGCCUCGAUGUGCUACAUCAUCGUGUUGUUGCUGGUGACGUUGAUGGCCUUCGGCGUCUCGAGACAGGCCAUCACCUACCCCAAGUCCAAGUGGAGUUGGAUGCUCGUCAGGAACAUCUUCUACAAACCCUACUUCAUGCUUUACGGAGAAGUCUACGCUGGAGAGAUCGAUACCUGCGGGGAUGAUGGUUGGUUUAGUGAAGAACAAGAUUUCAUGGGAGAAAAUGAAAGGAUCUUUGUGGCUAACAAAAAAGGUCGUUUUAGUAUUUUUUUUUUGUUUUCAUUCUUUAAAAUUUGAAAGUUACGUCACCCUCUAGCCGAUUGGAUAAUAUUCGACUGGAAAGAAAUAAAUAUCGUUUUGUAUCAAUACAAAGGUUUUUGGUACAACAAAGGAGAAUCGUUAAAUUAAAAACUACGUAACUUCAGAAAAAUAGUUCUGUAAUUCAAUCUGUAGAGCACAAAAUUGAUCCUUUCUAUACCUUUUUUCCGGUUUUUAUUGGUAAUUCAAACCUCGAUGUGCUGAAAAAAGCUGAAAUUUUUAGAAUGAGUUCUAAAAUGAAUUCAUUUUUUAAGGUGCCAACUGCGUGCCGGGAAACUUUCUUCCACCCAUUUUGAUGACAAUUUUCUUGCUCGUUGCCAACAUUUUGCUUCUCAACCUACUCAUUGCCAUUUUCAAGUAUAUUCUCCUCUGAAACUAUUUUUCCAACAAUCCUGAUUUUUAGCAACAUUUUCAACGAGGCCAACGAGAGAUCAAAGGAAGUCUGGCUGUUCCAACGGUACGGGCAGCUGAUUGAGUGAGUUCCGACUCAACGUCGGUUCAGUAUUCAUUGUUAGAUGUGCAGGUACCAUGACAGUACUUUCUUGCCGCCGCCGUUCAACGUCGUCGCCCAUUUUUUCCAUUUUCUGAUGUUCUUGUGCGGGGUUUGAGAAAUUAUAGGGCUUCAAUUUUUGAAAAGAGUGUUUCAGUUGAUCAUCAGGAAGAACCUCAGCAAUAAUCACAAUUCUCAGUACUCUUUGAGUGAGUUUCAUGGUUCCCACUUACAGGGAAAAUUUUCUCACCAAUUUCCCGAAAUUUGGCCAGAAUAAUGUUCUUUAAGGUACCCAAAACUGUACCUGUCUCCGACCGUUCGGCUUCCUAAUUUCACAGAAAAAAAAACCUCAAAAAACGAAUUAUUUCAUCAAAAAAUGAGAAAAAAUACAGAUAUCAGAAAGUUUUUUUUCAGCCAAUUAAAUUAAAUUACCAUCCUUGCAAAAAAUAUAUUAUUUAAAAUACCAACCGAAAAGUUUCAAGAACUGGUCCUAAGCGCUGAGGAGCUGAAAAAGAUGCAGGAUUUCGAAGAAGAUUGCGUCGAUAUGCUCACUCGAAGACGUUUGAGAACGAAUGUCGACGUGACCGAGCCUUCCAACGUCUCCAAAAUGUUCAUCAGAAUCGUUUAUAUGACGUUAUUCCAUUUUGCUUCAGAACGGAAAUCACGUGUCAGAAAGUGAACGAUCUGAUGCAGGAGAACUUUUUAUUAAAGGCUAGUUUCAUUAUAUUUGAUCCUUGUGACCGAACUGUUUCAGGGUAGAAUGUACGAUUUGGAGACCAAGCUGGACUUCAUGUCGCGCACGAAUGAUGAAAUUUUAGGGAUUUUGAGGACGAGAAAGGUUUUUUCGGUUAAAAUUUUGAAGCUCGAGUAGAAAUUUUCAGACAAGCCGUCGUGAGUCCGUUUCAAUGUUCUCUCUACCUGAUUCUUGCGAAGUCAAAAUGUUGGUUCAGAUUUUUCAGAUUUUUAAGGUGCUACCAACAACUUUAUUUUCACUGCUAUUUUCUGACAAAAAAGCCUUUUGACAAUUAUUUCCUUGUACUAACUUCUAAGUUGACGUGAGAGAAUUCAGAAGGCGUGAGCCGACGUGCGAAGGAAUGCUCGGAGUUCUGGCGGCGGCAGAAGACCGCGUCGUGACGAGGUCGCCGCUUCUGACCAAUCUCCAGAGGGACCAUACCCUCAGAAAAUAUGAUGACGUGGGGAUUUUUCAAUCUUGUGAAGUAUUUACAAAGUUCUGGGAAAGCUCAAAUGAAAAAGAACCAAGAACUAAAACUUUUGCAAGAAAUAUAUAACUAAGUUUCUUCGUGGAAUCGGUUGGAAGUCAUUUAAUGACUGGUCGUAAAUUCGAACUUCAGUUCAUUGUUGAUACAUUGACAGUGUCAAUUUGACACGUCUAAUUUUUGAGACUUUGUUUAACGAUCUUUGAAAUGGCCCUGUCGCUAAAAGUCCCUCAUACCGUCCUCGUUCGAACGGUCGUUUUGGAGAGCUCUAGUUGAAUGGUUUUUAAAUAUUGAAGUUUUUGUUGUUUUAGGCUAAUCUCCAAGUGACGUCACUCCAACGUCGACCUCGCCACAACUCCUCCUCGUUCUCCAUCUCACAAGACAUGCGCGACAUGCAGUCGUGCGUCUUCAAUCUGAUUCUGGAUUUAUUUCUCUAUUUCAGAACAAAAUCCCCAACUGUCGAUUCCUCGCAAACGUCCUUGACAGUCAACGAUGACGGCAGUUCCGAAUCCUCAGCUCCCGAAUGA